AUGGCAAUUCCUCAGUCUUGCACCGUUCUCGUGGCAGGUGGUGGUCCCGGUGGUUCUUAUACCGCCGCCGCUCUCGCACGUGAGGGUGUUGAUGUUGUCUUGCUCGAAGCAGAUAGUCACCCCCGAUACCACAUCGGAGAGAGUCUCCUCCCUUCAAUGCGGUAUCUUCUUCGUUUCAUUGACCUUGAAAAUACUUUCGAGCAGCAUGGAUUCCAGAAGAAGCUCGGUGCAUUUUUUAAGCUGAACGCAAAGAGUGCAGGAUAUACCGACUUCAUCAGGGCCAACGGUCCUAAUGGGUAUUCCUGGAACGUGGUGAGAUCCGAAUCGGAUGAGAUCCUUUUUCGCCAUGCCGCAAAGAGUGGCGCAAAGACAUUCGAGAAUGUCUCGUUGAAGUCAGUGAACUUCGAGGCUUAUGAGAGCGAUAUGUUCACCAGCCAGCAUAAAUUAGCCAACCCCGGACGACCUAUUUCGGCUGAAUGGAAGAUGAAAGAUGGUAGCUCUGGUACCAUCUCGUUCGAUUAUUUGGUGGAUGCAACUGGUCGUGUUGGUAUUCUAUCAACCAAGUACCUCAAGAAUCGCAAGUUCAACGAAAGCUUCAGAAAUAUUGCUAUGUGGGGUUACUUCAAGGGUAAUAUUCCGCCAAGUCCAGGGACAGAUCGUGAAAACCAGCCUAUAUCCGAAGGCAUGAGAGGUAAUUGUAUAUGGCCGUACGUAGAUGGGUCAGGCUGGGUGUGGAUGUUGCCUUUACACAACGGCACAGUAUCAAUCGGGGCUGUUGUUCGAAAAGACAUUUUUCUUGCCAAGAAGAAGGCGUUGCCAGAAGGCACAACGGACGCUCAGGCCCUGGCGAGCUUAGUUGCACUCUGUCCCACCAUUUCUUCGUAUUUGGAGCCGGCUGAACUAGCUUCUGGGAUCAGGCAAGCGACAGAUUAUUCCUACAGUGCCAGCGCGUAUGCUGGUCCAAACUUCCGUAUUGUUGGCGAUGCAGGAUGUUUUAUUGAUCCCUUCUUCUCGUCUGGUCAUCAUCUCGCCCUCUCGAGUGCCCUCGCAGCGGCUACGUCUAUCAAUGCAUGCAUCAGAGGCGAUUGCAACGAAUUCGAUGCCUCCAGAUGGUUUGCUAAAAAGGUUGACGAAGGCUACACGUUGUUCCUUGUAGUGGUAAUGGCUGCUCUCAAGCAAAUCCGGAUGCAAGAAGAGCCCAUCCUGUCCGACCUCGACGAGGAAGGAUUUGAUCGAGCGUUCGCAGUCCUCAGGCCAGUCAUUCAGGGGGCCGCAGAUAAGGAGACUGCACCAAAAGUUAAAGGCGAGUCGAUCACCGAGACUAUCAACCUCUGUCUCAAUGCGCUGAACGAUCUACACGACACGGAACUGCAAAAAAAGUUGACCAACAUUGUGGAGGCAAAAGGCACACCUAAGCAAGAUCAGCUCCUCGGAAAGCUUUCGCCAGAGGAAACAGCAGCCCUUCAGCGUAUGCGCGCCAUGCAUUCGAUACUCCCUAUGGGUGAGCUUCAGGACUUCGAGAACAGCAAUAUAGAUGGCUUGAAAGCUCGAUUGGAGUAUGGUAGCUUGGGGCUUUCUCGUGACCAUGCAGGAUUUUGUCGCGACGGCGCUGGG